AUGGAGUGCAAUACCAACGGCUCACGUGGACGCAACUCUAACGGCGAGGGCAUGUCGCGAAUCGAAAGGGAUCUGUCGAAAAGUCCCCACCAUCCUAGCACACCAUCCGGCGUAGAUACUUCUGAUCAACCGGACAUGUUCAGUAGAAGGCUCGUCACCCAAGGGCGCAAGCCAAACGUCUGCAUUGUUGGCGCAGGUAUGGCGGGAUUGAGGUGUGCCGAGGUCUUGAUAAAACACGGAGUGAAAUGUACAAUAUUCGAAGGCCGCGAAAGAGUGGGUGGAAGAGUUCACCAAAGCAAGCAGCUUGGACAUUUGGUAGAUCUUGGGCCAAAUUGGAUUCACGGCACAGAUCAUAACCCGAUUCUAGAUCUUGCCCGGGAGACCAAGACUGCAUUACACUCCUGGGGUGAACGUCAGAGCCUCUUUGACGAGGAAGGUAAUCUUGUCGAUGAUCAGAGAGCAACGCACUAUUCUGAGGUAGUAUGGAGCAUCAUUGCCGAUGCCUUCAAGUACAGCAACGAGCAUUCGGCGACGAUAGAGCCAUCCGAAAGUCUGAUGGACUUCUUUAAGCAAAAGACAAGAGAAGCCGUGUUAGAGCGUUCAGCAGACUCCAAGGACUCUGCCACUCUGGAGACCUUGAAUCAAGAGCGGGAGACCAUUUUACGAAUCGCUAAGAUGUGGGGUGCUUUCGUAGGAAGCUCCAUUGAGCGGCAAAGUCUGAAGUAUUUCUGGCUUGAAGAAUGUAUAGAAGGGGAGAAUCUCUUCGUUGCCGGUACUUAUCAAGCAAUCCUUCAGCUUGUUGCAAAAGUCGCUCUGGCCGAAGCAGACGUCCAGUUUGGAAAGACCGUCAUCUCCAUCGAAACUCUAAGUGGGCCAGAUGGCAAAGCACGAUUAGUCACUGUCAGAACCGCUGAUGGUGCGUCGCAGAUAUUUGACGAAGUCGUCAUGACGGCUCCCCUAGGUUGGCUAAAGAAAUACAAAGACGCGUUUUCUCCUGCAUUACCUCCCAGGUUAAGUGAAGCAAUUGACUCAAUAUCUUACGGAACACUCGAAAAGGUCUACGUUACAUUCCCUUCGGCUUUUUGGGAACCUUCUGCAUCCAAAAAUGCCACAAGUCAGGAUAAAGACGGCACUUCUUUUCCUGGUUUCAACCAGUGGAUUCAUCCGGAGUACGCUGCGUCCGUCAACCCUGAUCAGUGGGGCCAAGAAGCAGUUAAUCUGGCUGCACUCCCAACAACAGAAGCACAUCCGACGAUGCUCUUCUAUAUCUAUGGAGCUUGCAGUAAAUACAUAACAACUUUGGUCACUUCGACUCCAGAUGCUGAGCUCGAAGCUGCUCUGGACGCAUUCUUCCAACCGUACUAUUCGAAACUCCCGAAUUACUCAGCGGCGUCGCCUGCAUGCAAACCCAAAGCUUUUCUCGCCACCACGUGGAGCAAUGAUGAGCUUGCCGGAAAUGGCUCUUAUUGUAAUUUCCAAGUGGGCUUAACGGCUGGUGAUGCUGAUAUUGAAGUCAUGCGUGAAGGCAUGCCAGAUCGCGGCGUGUGGCUGGCAGGCGAGCAUACGGCACCUUUUGUGGCUCUUGGCACUGUGACUGGCGCUUAUUGGAGCGGUGAGGGCGUUGCUCGACGAAUUUUGCAGAGAUACAAUAUUGCCGACAUUGAUUCCCACGUUCCCAUCGAAGCAAAAGCAAAAAAUAAGGACCAAAUUCCCGAUGCGGCCCAGUUGCACGGUUUGGGUUUGUAA